UGGAGCGGUCGUGCGCGUUGCAUACUCACCCAGGCGCUGCAUCUUUCCGGGAGUGCAAUUUCCCGAUCCGAACAUUUGCCGAGGUUGCGAACCGCAAUACCAAUGGAUUAUCCGGAAAUGGAGUAGAAAGUCGUCAUGCGUUGCUGGCCAGAUCCGAGCGACACCGUCGGGCGUCGCGACGCGUUCCGAUGCGUCGUUCCCGUCAACAAUGCGACGACGGAACUGCCGCUGGCGCGCGUUCCGCCGCUGGAGCUGGACUUCGGACACGGCCGACGGGUUGAGGACAGCGGCGUGCAGACCCCGAACCCCUGCUGGCAGGAGCCCCCUCGAAAAGUUCCUCGGUCGUCAUCACGCUCGCUAGGCGUGCAGGAGGCCCUGUCGGCGCUGCUGUACCAACCGUACGAGUGCCGCAACGACUCGUCCGACGACGACAGCGACGAGUGGCCUCUAGAUGGCGGCACCGGCUGCUGCGGCUCAGGUUGCACCGCGGCAGGUCGGCUGCCGUCAGUGUCGAGCGCACCUUUGCUUCGCGCGGACGCAUCGGUGGCGUCGCGCAUGGUGAGUGUCAGUGUUGAAGGGGGGCCAGCGGCCGGCGGCCUGCCCGCGGCCGCCGACGACGUCGAGACCGAAGACGAAGAGCGAAGACUGUGUUCGAUGCCGCAUGUGUCCAGUGUGCAGAUCGUCCCCUGCGGCGGGGGCGGCAGUGGGGGCGGCGAGGCGCGCACCUUCACCUCCACCGAGGCGCAGACCGAGCCUGACAAUCGCGAGCAGCGGCGCCGCGAACGCCGCGAGCGGCGCCAGCAGCGUCUCCUGCGCAACAGCGCCCCGGCGGCGGCGCCCGCCCCCACCCUGGCCGCCCCCGGAGGCGCCACCACAGUGGAAAUCCCCGCCGAGCGGCUGCUGCCCGACCUGCUGAUGAACUCUUACCAGCAGCCGCCCCCGUACUCGACCCUGCCCAUCAGGACGAUCGCGGGCCCGCCCCCGCCUCUCUUGGUGCCGACCACCGCCCUCGCGACUGCCACCCCCGGCUCGCCGCCUGCGUUAGUGCAUCAGCCCCUUGCCAUGAGAUUCUCCUUCCCCAUCUCACCUACAUCACGAAGAUGUCGAGGUGGUUCGGGUCGAGCAUCCCACCUGUCGGAAGAACCGAAGUCUUGUUGCGGGCUGGCCCUCACACAGGCUGCAUCAAUCAGAUGGUUUAUUGUUCUAAUCGCCUUCGUCGGUGUUUGCUGUGCCGUGGUGGGCACGGUGUUGGGUGCCAUGCGAGCAUCGGGCCGAGAACACCUCACCAUAUCGCUCCUCAUGAUAGGAGUCGGAAUUGUGUUAGUGCUGGUCAGCGGCGUUGGCUGGAGGCUCACGGCCCACGACGCGCCCUCGUGCAGGGCCAUGCUGGGCCUCGGCGGUCACAGCGCGAGGGCAGCAGGCCUCAGCGACGGUGACGGCGCCGAACCCAACAGGAGAUUCGUGCCCAGACUGCCGCCCUCGUAUGGGCGACCACAUCACCCUUAUGCUGCCAUGAUUUAUCCCGAGUUUCAAUAUCGACCGCCUCCACCUUCAUAUCAAGCCUCGAUGCAGGAGUACAGGCUUCGGCUGCUGUUGUUGGACAGAGGAGUGUCCCAACCGCCUCCGCCUACAACAUCCCCCAUGGCAGCUGUUUCUCCGCCUCCGACCUACAGGUCGAAUGUUGGCUCCAUGCUCAGGGCUCCAAUGAUAUUCCGGAGGGACAAUAACCAGUCAGGACUAACCGGCGACGCCAGCGUGUGUUCGAGUCGGCCGCCCAGCUACAGAUCGCGGGCGGGAUCAACGCGGCCAGCGAGUGUGGCGGCCGGGGUGGAGAGCAAUCCGGCCGUCGGCCUGACGCCCACCCCGUCCCCGACGCCACCCUCGCCGCAACCACCCUCAGUGUCCGUGAUCUGCGUGGGCAGUCCGAAGAUUUUGGCGCCAGGCGCGGCGCCCAUCGAGGUUGACAGUGAGAAGGCCAGUUUGCACGAAGAGCAGGGACACUUGGUCACCAUAGUGCAAACGGGACACCACGAAAUCUCGUCCGAUCCGGGCGUCACGACGGUCACCGUGUCCGGGCUGCUGGCCAGCACAAGUACUGACUGUGGUCCGCGUCACCUAGUUUUCACGCCGACGUCCAACGAGGGCGAGAUGGAGAUUUUGGCGCAUCUAUAAUAUUUAAAAUUCUUACUGCACUUUGAUUUAUUAUUUUUUUUUUCGUUCUUUUCGAUUAGACCAAAAAUUAUCUUGUAUGUGAUCCGCCGAAAUCUUUGUUGAAAAUUACAGCCGGACGAUCGAAUAAAGAAGUAAAUUCUCUGAGUGCCUCCAACUGAAACAAUAUAAUAUAUAAAAAAAAUGCUGAAAUUUUAGUUGUAGUUGACUACUCGGAAGAUGAAUCAAACGAUCUAUAGUUAUUAAAUAUAUAUUUAAAAAGCAAAAAAGAGAAGAUGCCUACGAAAAGCUCGUGUAGUUAUACAAUUAAGCAAAAUGUUUUCAAAUGUACAUAGUCAUUGUAUAUACCCUAGGAAAAUGUGAGACCAAUUGAUUAAUAAUUAUCUAUAUAAUUAUGGUAAAAUAUUACACACUGCUUUUAACUGUCGAAUGGUGGAAUCUGUUCGACGGAGAGACUUUUUAUCUCUGCUGGUUGUUUACUCAUAUUGAUUGUCAUAUGUUGUGAAAAGUUUUUCUCUACGCGACCGUGUUUUUGCUUUGUUCUUUAAAAUCUGUACUCUACCUUUACUUGUCUUAUUUGAAUAUAAAAAUAAUGACUUUUUAUCUUCUGUUUAUUCCCCCGAUGACUCACGCAUCUAUGCGGCUAUUUCAAUUUUGCAUGAUUGUUUCGAUGUUUGGUUGUUUGACAGUUUCAGAGAAAAGUAAACGUUUAAUUGUACUCCACUCUUAUGAUUUUAUUUAAGGAGUGUAAAAUAAUGUACCUGUAUUAAACCUUCAUAAGCAAAGU